AUGAAAAAAAAAGAUAGAAGUGAAUAUAAAGCAUUAUCAAUAAGACAAGCUGUUGAUAGGAUUAAUCGAUAUUUAAUAGAAUUUUCAACUAUUUAUGGAAUCAAUUUACAUGAUCAUCAUCAAUUUCCUAUAUUAACAAAAGUUCUUGAUGGUAAAAUGAAAAAAUUACAAGAUAAAGGACUUGGAGAAAUAAAAGGAUCUGCUGCUUUAACUCAACAAACCAUUGCAAAUAUUUUAUCAAAUCCAGCAACAUUAAUAUUAACUCCUGAUACACUUAUUAAAAGAAUAUUUUUUCAUAAUGCCCUUCUUUUAGCUUGUUGA